AGCUGGGUAGAAGGAUGAAGGGAGGGGUGGCGGGUUAGAGGCGGCGCGGCUGUCAAUUGUGUUCUCUAUUCUCGUUAAAAGUCGGCUGUUGUUGGUCUGACUAAAACCCAGACGACCGUAGCGGCUCUGUUCAGUGAGACCUAUGCGCUCCUCAGUGACAGGGGGGCACAUCUUCUCCCUACCGGACGCCAACCGCUGCUUAAGUUCGCCCUUGUCUGCACUUUGCCAUCGAUGUGUUUUGGGGAGAAAGAAGCAGGGUUUCAGGUAGCCCUGUAAUCAACGCUGGGUGUUUUUUUUCCGCCGAUACCACCACGCUUUCGUCGUUUGUCCCCACGCACCGAGGUUUUAACGGGUUUUUCACGCACAAACUGUGCCGCGACCGCCUCGAAGACAAGGAAGACUGGCAACGGUUAGGACUUGUUGCGCGCAUCCGGGGAGCGCACCAGUCCAGUUUUCAUCCAAGUCCACACUGUACCUGCGUGUGAUGCUUUGGUUUCAGCAGUGAGGCAUAUGGUGGAGCGGGAAUGGACUGUGUGGAGAUCAGAAGCAGACUCACAGCCUGAAGUCAGCGUCUUGGUGCUCAGUGCUCAGUGACUGUAACAGUCUGUGAUUGGGCCCUGCUUCUCAUCGACAUGUCUGAGCGUGAUGGAUAUGGAGAAGGGCUGUGCAGCGACGGAGCGCCAGACUGCAUCCCGCCGAGAGCGUCCCGCGGCCGGCGGAGCGGUGUCAUCCUCCCCGGCGGCGGCCAGGACACCGACACCAUCCUCCUGGAUUCGGUGAAGGCAGCACCUCGCCGGAGCAGUAUCAUUAAGGAUCCCUCAGUACAGAAGGUUGGUGGAGGCAGGAAGAAGACUGUGUCCUUCAGUAGCAUGCCUUCUGAGAAGAAGGUGAGCAGUGCAGCAGACUGCUUGGCGUUCAUGCAGGGUGGGUGUGAGCUGAAGAAGAUUCGGCCCAAUUCCAGGGUUUACUGUCGUUUCUACACCCUGGAACCUGACCUCAGCUGCUUGCGCUGGGAGCCAUCUAAGAAGGAUGGGGACCGGGCUCGGCUGGAUGUGUCCAGCAUCCGAGAGGUUCGCACUGGGAAGAGUACUGAGACUUUCCUUCAUAACGGUCCUCUCUCCGAACACCUGGCUGAGGAAGCGGCCUUCUCCAUCAUACAUGGGGAUGACUACCAGUCUCUGGACUUGGUUGCAUUCUCAGCAGAUGUGGCCAACAUCUGGGUGACAGGCCUUCGCUACCUGUUGGCCCACCCCUCAAUCAUUGGGGGGGCUGGGGGAGGUGGUGGAGGAGGAGGACUGGGUGAAGGUGGGGGUGUGGCAGUAGAAGGCAGCCUCGGGGGAAAGAUGAGGAGUGAGUGGCUGGCAACGGAGUUUUCCCAGGUGGAUGAAGAUGGCUAUGGCAUCGUGUCAGAAGAUGUGGCAGUUGCCACCAUCUGUAAAUUGUGCCCAGGUAUCAAGGAAGCUAAGGUGCGCCUGCGUUUUAAGGAGAUCCAGCGCAGCAAGGAGAAGCUGACCUCCCAUGUGACACAAGAGGAGUUUCAAGAGGCCUAUUGUGAGCUUUGUACCCGGCCUGAUGUCUACUUCUUAUUAGUGCAACUGUCAAAGGACCGUGAAUGUCUGGACCCUCAGGACCUGCGUCUCUUCUUAGAGACGGAGCAGGGUUUGUCUCUGGCAACAACUGAGGGCUGCUGGGAGCUCUUAAAGCGGUUUGAGCCCUCGGUUCAGGGCAAGGAGAGAGGGCUGCUGGGUCUGGAUGGAUUCACCCACUACCUGCAAUCUUCAGAGUGCCAGCUUCUUGACCCAGAGCACCUGGGAGUUUGUCAGGACAUGAACAUGCCUCUUUCCCACUACUACAUCAGCACUUCAUACCGCUCCUACCUACUGGAUGACCAGGUCCAUGGCAGAGCAGACCUAGGUGGGUUGAUCAAGGCCCUGCAGUCAGGCUGUCGAUGUGUGGAGCUGGGAGUGACUGAUGGCCCAGAGGGGGAGCCUCUCCUUGGAGUCGACUAUGGGCCAGAUAUCCCACGCCACCAUCAUCACCACCACCAUCACCACCACCAUACACCUGUCACUAUCCGCUCUGCUCUGGAGGUGGUCAAUAAGUAUGCUUUCUUGACCUCUCAGUAUCCACUCUUGGUAUACUUGUGCCAGCGAUGCUCUCCUGGUCAGCAGAGAACCAUGGCACAGCACCUAAAGAAAGUUUUUGGUUCCCGUCUUUACACUCCAGAGGCCCUACCUGUUAGUCUGGGAGGACGAGCCACAACCUUACCUUCCCCUGAGCAGCUGAAGGGACGCAUCCUAAUAGUGGGGAAGAAGCUCCCUCCAGAGCAGGACGGGUCUGAUGGGGAAGUAUCUGAGGAGGACGAAGAGAUUGGAGGAGGAGGACCUCUGGCAGGACGGCGAAUGACCAUCCCUGGUGAAGAAGAACUGGGUGUUGUCUUGGUGGUGCCUCCACCUUCUCAACCCAGGAAGCUCCGCCUCCACAAAGAGCUGUCAGAUCUGGUGGCUAUUGCUCGGACAGGCAGCCGCAGCUUCUAUGCCCAGAGAGCCAGUCACAAACAGGCUCAGCAGCAGUCACCACCAAGCAGCCCCUCCUCUCCCAGCACGCCGAUGCCUCCUGAGCCGCCUUAUUGGACACUGUGCUCCCUGGGUGAGGGAGAGGCCGGGCGACUGACCACUGAGAGCCCAGAAGACCUUGUAAUGUUCACCAAGCGCAGCCUAACCAGGGUACGCCCUAGUUCAGUGCGACUGGACUCCAGUAACCCCAACCCGCAAGGAUACUGGAAAGGAGGGCUCCAGCUUGUGGCCUUGAACCAGCAGACCCCAGGUGCCAUGCUGGACCUUCACAGAGGGCGAUUCUCACAGAAUGGAGGAUGCGGUUAUGUUCUCCGACCCUCUGUAAUGAGAGAUGAGGUGUCAUAUUUCAGUGCCCAUACACAGGGCUGUGUGCCAGGAGUGCCACCUCAAACUUUACGGAUCAAGGUUAUCAGUGCCCAUAAUCUACCCAAGCCUCUGGGAUCAGGGGCUAAGGGAGAGGUCAUUGACCCUUAUGUAGUUCUUGAGCUGCAUGGCGUACCAGCAGACUGUGCUGAACAGCGGACACGCACUGCCGCUCAAAACCAGGACAACCCACUCUUUGAUGAGACCUUUGAGUUUCAAGUAAACAUGCCAGAGCUGGCCUUGUUGCGCUUUGUGGUAUUAGACGACGACUACAUUGGAGAUGAUUUCAUUGGCCAGUACACCGUGGCCUUUGAGUGCCUUCAGCCUGGCUACCGCAAUGUGCCCCUGCUGGGAAUAGCAGGAGACCCGUUACCCCAUACCAGCCUAUUUGUCCAUGUGGCGAUCACCAACAGGAGAGGAGGUGGGAAGGCCCAGCGACGAGGUCUGUCUGUGAGGAGGGUGGGGAGGAGAGGACGGGAGUAUGUCACUCUGAGGCACACCGGCAUCAAGGUGGUGGAUGAGACUUUUAAACCAGCUAGUGCUCCCCUGAAAGAAGCGACGGACCUGCGGGAGGAUGCUCAGAGCACCACCACCAGUUUCAAAGAGCAGUGUGGGCUCCCCACAGUGGCCAAACUGAAGCAGUGCAUCCAGAGCCUGGCCACGCGACUGCAGAGCCCUGAGGGCACUAUGGGGGCUGCCAUGGUGCUAAGGGAGGGCUACCCAUGUCUGGAGCCUUUGGUCAACCUCUCUGAGCAAACACGCAAACUGCUCGCUGCAUACGACACGAUGAUUUCUGCCCAGAAACAGCUGAUUGAGAACGCAGAUGCUGUUCAGGAGAGGAUUGCCCAGGUGCAGAGAGAAGGCAUGGACUUCCAUGAAGAUCUUUCCAAGCUUGGGGAGAAAGAGGGACUGAAGGGACGCAAGCUAAGUAAAGCUGUGGAGAGCUUCACCUGGAACAUCACUGUGCUCAAGGGUCAGGGCGAUCUGUUACGGGGAGCUAAGAUGGACUCCCUGGAUGCCCUAAGGCAGCUGGCUCUGGCCUGUGAAGCCUGUGGACUGACCUCCUCCUCUUCUGCCAACUCCUCGUCCUCUACCUUUUCUUCAGCUGAGCUUCACUAUUCCUCCCACCCCUUGUCUGGCCGCCGAAGCAGCACACACGGCAACGGACGCAUCUGAUGCCCCACCCCUGGGUCCAGCGUGCUGCCACAGAUGAAAAAGGAGUGGGCAAACUAUUUACCAAGGGUAACAGAGGAGAGGAGAUAUGAGAGCAAUAAGCGAGAAAGAUGGUGCAGGUGUAAAAAGCACUGCAAAAGACAGAGGAUUUUCUAUCCCUUUAUUCAGUGCAGUAAGUGUCUAGACUAGCCUAGACCUGUGCAGUAUAUCUAUUAAAGCCUUACAGGUGAGUUCAUCAAUUUAUUACUGAAGGUCCAGCCUGCAGACAGGCUUUUCAUGAAUGUCUAACUCGGUGGUGGAAAAGCAAAGAAAUACACUCCACACAGGUCUUUGAACCUGUGGCAGCUCGCACUAAUUUAACUGAAAGAAAAUGUGUGACUCAACACUGUAACUCUGCGAGCGAGAGCCAGAGACACCUGAAUAAUUUGUGACAACGGGGUCGUAUUGGAGCUGAAGUUUACUGUCCUGCUGGUGUUUCAUUUCAGACGUAGCAUGCAGAGUGGAGAGGAUGUAGAGCUGAUGGCACAGGUUAUUCUCUGGGGAAAGGGAUGGCAUCAAGAUUGUGUGUGUAUGUUUUUACAGUAUUGCAGGUUAUGACCCACAAAGAGACAGAAAGAGAAUACUUAAAUCAAGUAGUCUAGAUUUUAAGUGUAAUACUACUGUUUUAAAACUAGCAAAUUUUUUUAGGGUACCUCAGCUUUUGUUUUUAGCUGUAAAUGCAGUUAAUGCAAUGGAACUUUGGCUGUAGUUUAAUUAGUCCUAAAGAAGUAGUCAGUUUUAGUCAUUUCAUGAAUGCCAUAGAUGACUGUCCCAUAAAGUAGGCUAUACAGUAAAUAAUAAAAGUUGCUGAUAUCAUCACAAAUACCUGAUUGGCUGAACGUCACUGUCUGGCCUGUCUUUGGCCGUCAAACUUUACAAAUGUGGUGGCUGUUCUGUUGAAAUUUCUCCAAAGCUGCCUGAUAGAAUUAGUUUAUCAGUCAAUUUCAGAUGAAAAAUGGACUAGCUACAUGAUUCUAGCUAUUAAUGGGGUUUGGGACUUUGGAGAGGUCACAUUCAACUAACCAUUUGCUGAUUUGUCUCGUUGACUGUGUCACUUCUCUCUACACUUCCGCCUCUCUUCAGAACUUUAACUCUGGUUCUCUCGUCUGUUUGAAGGCCUGUACGGUGCAGUAACUCCACUGUCAGAUACGUACAAAACACCAAUGAGCACCCAUCAGACCAACAUACAAUCUUAUCUGACAGAUUCUGAGGAUUUGUAUAAUUUUCAACUUUAGCCAGAGUACACAAAGAUGAUCCUUAUUUAACUGCUAUAACCACGUACUGUGUGAAAGAACAAGCAGAGGCACAGACACAUGAGUUCUUGUUACGUCCAUCUUUUGAGUCCGUCGUGUUCACUCGGAGAGGAGAUGGCUGAAAGAUGAGCAAUGAAGUGUAGCGGAGAAGGGACACGGUAAUUGGAGAAGUUGUGGAUAUGUGUUGAUACUGUAGUACAUGUGUGGAUCACAUAACCUCCUCACUAUACCAAUAUGUGGGGUCAUGGAUGCUCAAAAGUCUGUACGUGUUUGUUUGUGUGUACGAAGUGCAGAUUCCUGCAGCACUGAUGAAGAACACUCUGCUGAUGUAGUAAUAAUAUCAGUGGUAACUUCCAAGAAAGUCAGUGAGGCUGUUUAAUUCAAUGUGUACUGACUGAAGGGUUGAAAAAAAAUAUAAUUAUCUUUAUAGCUCAGUGACACUUAUAAAUCUAUAUGAAAACAACUACAAAAAUGGUGCCCAGCAGGUGCUACUGAUCAUGGUUCAUAGUUGUACUUACCUGUCAAUGAUAGCAUUCCUCUGUGUGUUUCUUCUCAACACAAGAAAACACCUGAUACUUUUAACUCAGCUUUUGUACUCUUAUUCUUGUAUCUUGUAAUGCUGCGUUUGAACCAAACUUGACAAAAGUGAAGCUAAGCAACACACAUAAAAUUAACCAGAUUAGAUUUACCUCUUUAAAUGCAGUCACAUGUCGUUAUUCUCUGGUGAGCUAAAUGUGUGUUUGAUGUUGGUGAUUUUCAGGUGUUAUAGGGAGCUGAAGGUUUACAUGUCCAGAAGCUUUUGGGAAAAUGCCACAAAUGCACUGUCAUACAGUUUUCAUAAGGAUAAGGCUGUUUUGUUAGUUCCAAAGAAGUUAACAUUUUGGAGAUAAAAAGGUUUUCAUCUGAGAAGAUUUAUUAAAUUAGGCCGGUAUUUUUGAAAGGUUCAACUUGAUUCACUAGUAUCCAUGGUGCACAAGAUUAUCUAUCAUAAUCUAGUGCACCCUUGAAGUGUAGAUAUGAACAAACAUAAUUCCAUUUAAGUGUGGUGCGGCUGACAGGCCUGAGGGUAACAGGCCAGUUGAGGGAACCUUUGAACAGAAGACAUUUUGAAUGUUUAUCCCGCCCUCUGAGGGAGGCAGGAAGGUGGACCGAUGAGAGACGGAGCUAAACAUUGUAAGAGCUGACCAGCCAAUCAACCCAUCUGGUGGCAUUUUGCAGACAUGAUGUAACAAGAAACAUCGGGAUGACACUCAGUUCCACCAACUUGUUCAGCUCCUGUUAAGUGCUUGUGCAGUACUACUGUAUUUUCUGACUGACAUCCCAUAUUUUUGUACACGUUUUGUUGCAUUUCAUUCAUCCACACAUUCCUUUUGUAAUAUUAUUACCCUCUUUCAUACCUUUACUUUUCUCCUUCCUUUUAUUCCUGCUGCUCUUCCAGAGGCUCCAGGUGGGGAGUAGCAGAGCUGGUGUACCGAGUCAUAGCCACAGGAGUAGGGUGACCUAAUAACAUUUCCAUGUGCUUGUUUUUGUGUAUAUGUGUGUUUAGCAAAAGGCACACAAUUCUAAAAGUAGAAGACAUAUAUUGAAGUGAGAGCAAAGGUUGAAGCAAAGGAGAGGAAGGGACUGAUAUUAGAUUAGGUUUUCAUUGCAUGUGUGGUUGGCUGGGCACACCUGCAGAGCUUUAUAAUUGGCUGUGAGGAGUAGACAGAGUGACAGCACCUGCUGUUUUGGUCUAUUAAUACCACUCUGACUCAGAGGAGGCCCUGGGAUGUGUGUAUAUGCUGGUGUGCUUAUGUCUGUCAUGAUACCAUGAUGCCCUCAUUCCUGGCCUGGUGAUGCAAACUGGUUCUCCUACAUGCAAAGUCACUGCAAAACUAUUUGCCAUAUUUCCUCUUCAGUGCACCGAAGCAGACAGAAGCUUUAGGAGCUAUUUGGAGGACCUCCACUGCCCCUGUGAGGCAUGCUUCAAGUGUACGAAAACCACAGUUUUCAUAUGACCAUAGGAGGCGUCUUCUGUCAGAUAUCCGCUUACCUGCUGGGAGGAUCUCUCUGCAUUAAUGAUGAAUCAGCUCCAGUAAAACAAACCACAGUAUUAGCUUUCUGUGUUCCGGUUUACAUGCCUGCUGACAUGGAGAAUACAGCUGGGUCAAAGAGCAAACAGGCUGCGAGACUUGCUAUACCUGAAGGCAUGCAGUCAAGAUGAAGGUGACAGGGUUUACCUUAAUAGGUGGACAUAAAAGGAAGAGGGGUCAGGUUUCAGUAAUUAGAUCUUUUGUAGUGAAGUUAAACCUCAUUCUCAAAGAAAUUCAUUAGGUAAAUACUGUAUUUGACAAUGAUGACUGUGCUGUUCCUUAAAACAAAAGCAACAUAUGAUAACUGACAAAAACAGCAGCUUGUUAUUUCAGUGGAGGAUGACCUUUGCAGUGUGUCAGGAGGAUACAACGCCUGAGCCAGUAAUUUGUAGCUGGAUGAGAUAAAAAGGACCAUACCUGUGUUUCUGCAUGAUUUGACCUACUUACUUUGAAUCAUUUACAGGAAACUUCCAAACAGUAAAACAUGCAGUUAUAUUUGAAAUGUACAGACUGAAUGUGCUUUUAUAGCUUUCUUCCAGGCAGCUACUGGUUUCAGUUAAUGUCAGUGAAAUCAGCUUCAGUGAACAUCAUGCGUCAUGUCAUGGCUAUGAAGGUGUCAUGUCAGUCACGGCACACCCUUUCAAAUUAAGUGUUUCUUUUUUUUUUUCAAAUUGAUCCAUGCUUUCUGUUGCAUAAGCACGCAAAGAUUAUGAAACUUUCAUCGGGAAAAAAUUAUGCAUGAUGUUCACUGUGAUGGAUCACUUGUUCAAACACCCUAUGUUACAAAAUUAAAAAAAAAAAAGUGUAAGAUUUAUGGUAAAUGAGCUAAACUUGCAGAAACACCAGUAUGAGCCCUUAAACAUUCAAAAUAGAGUUUUAGCUACAGCGUAUAAUGUUAUCCUCUCCAUGCCUCUCACACACUCUGCUUACAUCGCUGCACUUGCCUGUCCAUGUGUUUACCUCUGCAAAAGGCACUGCGGUCAGCCACUCAUUACAUUGUUUUACUGUGACAUUCAGUAUAUUGUCUCAUUUAUAACCCCAUGCUACACCCUGACUCCUCAACCUUUGAAAAUGAAACAUAACUAUGUUAAGCUCGGUCUCUCGCUGCGGUACGGUUUUAUGCUUUCAGAUUAAAGAAUGGUAGUGGUAAACAGAUCCGUGCUAAAGAGCAAGGCGUUACACUGGGGUCUUUGCAUCUCUGUUAUCCAUUUGUCUUCAUCUACAGAGCUAGCUCUCUCUCUCUCUCUCUGUGCUCUUUAUGGUGUGAUACUACCUAUCUUUGCAGACCAGUGAUCAACUAGUGCUUAACAUUCAUUUGAAAGAUUGGAAAAUUGUUUAUACCUGUCAUAGUGAUGUGGACAAAAUAGUGUAAAACACUAGAGAAUGUAUAAAGGUAUUUUAAGUUUGAUAUAACCCGUGGCAUCUGCAGUGUCUGUGUUGGCCUAUGUCUACACCGCUAACCUUUAAUCCAGUGUUGUUCCUUCAAUUGUUCUUACAGUCACUGUAUGUUUUUUGUAAAAUAGAAAACAAAAAGACCAAAAGAAGAAAAAUAUUUAUUGAAGUGUGUUUGAAAAACCAUAAUAUAAUUAAUUAAAUGGACCUUGCUUUUAUUUUGAAAAGCUACUGUGUUUUCUAUCUGACAAGUAAUCAAAUAUAACAAGAGUAUGUAUCCCAAGACUAAAUAAAAUUAUCUUUUCCUGACCAAA